AUGAUCCACCUUCCCAAGAGUUCUCCGAGUUCCGCGAAUAUUCAGGUACCGGGGAACACACCGAAUGUUUCGAACGAGGUAUCGAAGGAAACAACGGACGCGAAGGUACAUACCGCGAAGGUAGUAGGACAAAAGCGAUCGGUCUUAUUGGCUACGGCUCAGGUGACGCUCUUAGGGCCUCACGGAAAACAGACUCGCGUGCGUGCUUUGCUGGACCAGGGAUCCAAGGUUUCAAUCAUCUCGAAGUCUAUUGCAAAUCUUCUGGGGCUAGAGAAACGUCGCGCGAACAUAUCCUUAACGGGCGUCGGAGCUAGUCCUGCGGGUGCCGCUAGGGCAACAACCCGGUUGGUGAUACGAUCUUUAAUCGAUCCGUCGGUUAGACUUGAGACCGAUGCUCUGGUAUUGGGAAAAAUCACUUCGCAUCUACCAGCGUGUCGGGUAUUGGAAUUGCCAUUAGACCUGUUCGUCGGUUUGCAUUUAGCGGAUCCGCAGUUUCAUGCGCCGGAUUCGAUAGAUGUCAUUUUAGGAGCGGAUAUUUACGGGCAAUUAUUGCGAUCAGGGGUGAGGACCUUUCCCGCGUCCUCGCUGGUCGCCCAAAAUACAGUACUGGGUUGGAUCUCAUCAGGUCCAGUAUCAGCGGACGCCUCACGGCGGGCGGUUCUUUCUGAAUCUUUCCCGCUUCGUGCACAUCACUGUGCUACUCAGGACAAUUUGAAUGAGUCGAUACAACGCUUUUGGAAACUCGAGGAAGUGGCCUCGAUGGUCACUGUCCAUGAUCUGCCGGAGGAUAGUUGUGAGACGUUAUUUCGUCAGACGCAUACGCGUGAUAAUGGUGGUCGAUACACCGUUCGGUUACCCCUCGAGUCGAGUUUACCGGAGAUCGCUCGUGAAACGCGAAAUAUGGCGAUGAGAUCGUUAGCUCAUACGCAUCGUCGAUUUGACCGGGACUCAAAUUUGGCGCUUGAAUAUCGGAAGUUUAUGCUUGCAUACGAACAGCUCGGGCAUAUGGAGCGUGUACCGCCGUCCGAAGUCGAAAAUCCGAGAGCGUGGUAUUUGCCGCAUCACGCUGUAAUACAAUCGAAGAUUCGGAUAGUCUUCUAA